CUGUGGACCCAGUUAAAUGUGUGUUGUGCUGCUGUGUUGCAGUUGUGGGUCCAGGAGCGCCUCCCGCUGGCCACCUCUCAGGAGCACGGCUCCUCGCUGCAGGCCGUCCAGCAGCUCAUGAAGAAGAACCAGACGCUCCAGAGGGAGCUGCAGGGCCACCGGGGCCGCAUCGACGACGUGCUGGAGCGGGCCGGGAUCAUCGCCUCCAUCCGCAGCCCCGAGGCCGACUGCAUCCGGGCCGGCCACGACCAGCUGGCCCAUCUGUGGGCCCUCCUCUGGACGGAGACCGAGAGGAGGCAGCUGGUGCUGGACGCCAUGUACCAAGCCCAGCAGUACUACUUCGACACGGCCGAGGUGGAGGCCUGGCUGAGCGAGCAGGAGCUGCACAUGAUGAACGAGGAGAAGGGGAAGGACGAGCCGAGCACCCUGCAGCUGCUGAAGAAGCACCUGAUCCUGGAGCAGACCAUCGAGGACUACGCCGAGACCAUCGGCCUGCUGUCACAGCAGUGCCGCCAGCUGCUGGAGAUGGGGCAUCCAGACUGGGGGGGUAGAAACCUUCUCUCCUCUCCGCUGGUUGUGUGCAUGUGCGAAAUUCCCGCCGCCACGCUCGCUCGUCGGCGCACGUGCGCGCGGCUCGCUGUGACGCGGCGCGUGGCGGCGUCCGCGCGUGACCUUUUGGGGGACUGGGUGUACGAGAAGAUGCUGAUGGCCAGAGACGGAAGCCGGGACGAGACCCAGAAGCUCCACAAGAAGUGGCUGAAGCACCAGGCCUUCAUGGCCGAGCUGGCCCAGAACAAGGAGUGGCUGGCCAAGAUAGAGAAGAUCACCACCGAGACCGACAAGCUGAGGUUCUUCGGCUUGGUCCGGGACCAGAUCAUGUGGAUGGAGUCCAUCAUCUGCCAGAUAGGCGCAGGAGAAAAGCCCAGGGACGUGUCCUCCGUGGAGGUGCUGAUGAACUACCACCAGAGCCUGAAGAGCGAGGUGGAGGCCCGCAGCCAGAGCACGCUGGACUGCGUGGAGAUGGGGAAAACCCUGCUGGCCGUCAGGAACCCCGCGGCCGAGGAGAUUAAGGACAAACUGGACAAGGUGAUAGCCAAGCAGCACGAACUGACCGAGAAGUGGGACAAGCACUGGGAGUUCCUCCAGCAGCUGCUGGAGGUGCACCAGUUUGCCCAGGAGGCGGUGGUGGCCGAGGCCUGGCUGACGGCGCAGGAGCCCUUCAUCAGCAGCAGCGAGCUGGGCGCCAGCGUGGACGAGGUGGAGCAGCUCAUCCGCCGCCACGAGGCCUUCAGGAAGGCCGCCGCCACCUGGGAGGAGCGCUUCAGCUCCCUGAGACGGCUCACCACGGUGGAGAAGCUGAAGGCGGAGCAGAGCAAGCUGCCCCCCACGCCCCUCCUGGGCCGCAAAGUCUUCCUGGACCCGCUGGACGCCGUCGCCAUGGCGCCCGGCCCCUCGCCGCCCGCCCCCUCGGCCCUCCCCCGCCUGCCCGUGUCCCCCGUCAUGAGGCAGACCAUCUACGAGCAGAACGAGGCCAGCUCCCCGCCGUCCCCCUCGCCCGCCACCCCCACGCCGUCCCCGUCGGCGGCGGCGCGGCGCCUGGGCGCCAUGGUCGCCAUGGCGGGCGGCUACGCCCCCGCCGUGGACGGCGCCGCCUACCGCCAGGCGCUGGAGGCGCGGCACAGCGGCGUGGCGGGCGUGGUGGGCGUGGCCGCCGGGCUGGGCCAGCCGGCGCCGUCCUCCAUAGCCUCGGUCGCCACGGCCGCCAUGUUGGUCUCGGCCAACCAGAUGCGGGAGAGCGUCGGCACGCCGCCCAGGGCGCCGAGCCAGCUGCAGCCGCCGCCCCGGGACCCCGAGGGCCGGGCGUCCCCGUUCCUACGGCAACCCAAGAUCAAACACCUGGACGACGCCGUCACGCCGCUGCUGGUGGCGAGCCGGCUGGAGAAGGUGCGGGGGCGGGACCGCGAGGCGGCGCCCGGCGAGGAGCGCGCCGAGGUGGCGGUGAUGGCCGAGGUGGUGCUGCAGGAGCCCGGCCGCCAGCGGCUGCACAGCGAGCCCACCAGGGGGCCCCGGGGGGCCCGCGGCGAGCUGCCCGGCGCCGCCGAGCCGCAGCACGCCGCCCAGCGGCUGGAGCGCCAGCUGCAGGAGAAGAAGAACGAUGUUCAGAUUGUGGUGGAAAACAGGAAGCAGGAAGCUCUGUGCUGCAUCCAUCCAUCACCAGGGCUGGAAACCCCCCUCCUCUCCUCACUGGGGGGUGCCACAGACCAGAGUGGAAGGAGGAGAGACGAGCUGAGGGCUGGAGGCCUGACCUUCAGGCAGGAGCUAAAGGAGGACUGGAAAGAGGAUGAGGAGGAGGAGGAAGCGGGGGGGCGAGGGGGCAGCUGUUGCCUGGCAACCACGGGAGUUUGCGUUCGGCGUGGAGGGGAUGCUGGGAGAGCCCACAACUUCCUGCUGGUGUUCGGCUUCUUUUUCCGAUUCCCGUGUGACCCGCAGGUGAUUUGCAACCGUGUCAACCACGUGUCGUCCUGUCUGGAGGAGCUGAAGCAGCUGGCCGCCAAAAGACGCGCCGAGCUGGAGGAGUCCAGGAAGCUGUGGGCCUUUUUCCAGGAGCUGGAGGAAUCAGAGGCCUGGAUCCGGGAGAAGAGCUCCAUCCUGGCCGCUCAGGGUUACGGGAAGGACCUGAGCAGUGUGCUGAGGCUGCUCCAGAAACACAAAACUCUGGCCGGAGAGCUGCUGGCCCACCGCUCCCUGCUGCAGAACACCAUGAAGCGGGGGAAGCAGAUCCUGAGCGAGAAGAGCUUCGGCACGGCGGGGAUCCAGGAGCGCAUCAUGGAGGUGAAGGCCGAGUGGAAGCGUCUGGAGGACCAGGCGGCGCAGCACCUGGGCCACCUGCAGGAGGCGCUCAACUUCUUCCAGUUCUCCACGGAGACCGACGACCUGGCGGCCUGGCUGCAGGACGCCUACCGGCUGGUGUCCAGCGAGGACUUCGGCCACGACGAGUACUCCACGCAGUCCCUGCUGAAGAAGCACCGCGGCGUGACCGAGGCCGUGGACAAGCACCGGCUGCACGUGGUGGCGCUGCACAAGCACGCCGCCGCGCUGCCGCUGCAGUUCCGCCAGCAGGAGGUGGGUGGCGCCGCCCGGGCCCCGGGAGGGGGGGCAGGCUCUGGCCUGCUGACCCGUGCUCCUCUGCAGGAGGUGCAGGUGCGGAUGGGGGAGGUGGAGCAGCUGUACACGGAGGUGGCGGAGGUGGCGGUGCUCCGGCAGCAGUGGCUCCACGACGCGCUGGCCGUCUACCGCAUGUUCAGCGAGGUCAACGCCUGCGAGCUGUGGAUCGACGAGAAGGAGCAGUGGCUGGACAAGAUGGAGAUCCCCGAGAAGCUGGAGGACGUAGAGGUGGUGGCGCACAGGUUCGAGAGCCUGGACCAGGAGAUGAACAGCCUGAUGGGUCGGAUCCUGGACGUUAAUCAGAUAGUUCAGCAGCUCCUGGACGGAGGUCAUCCCUCCUCUGUGGAGGUCAGAGGCUGCCAGGACCACCUCAACUCCAGGUGGAACAGCAUCGUGGAGCUGGUGGAGCAAAAGAAAGACCAGCUGGACUCCAUGCUCUGCCUGCAGAACUACCUGCUGGAGUGUGCGGAGAUAAAGUCCCAGAUCCAGGAGAAGAGAAAAGCCAUCGACGCCACCCAGUACAUGGGCAGCGAUUUGGGGGGAGUGCUGGCUCUGCAGAGGCGCCUCUCCACCAUGGAGGGAGCCCUGUCCGUCCUGGAGCCCAAGCUCCUACAUCUGCAGGAGGAGGCGGAGCAUCUGGCCACCGCCCACCCGGGCCGGGCCAUGGAGAUCCUGGUCCCGUUCGACGGCAUCAGCGUGGAGUGGGAGGAGCUUAAGCGCACGCUGCAGGGGUGCGAGGACUCGCUGAUGGUGGCCGGCAGGCUGCAGAGCUUCAUACAGGACCUGGACUCGUUCCUCACCUGGCUGGUCCAGACGCAGACGUCCGCGGCCUCCGACCAGCUGCCCAACGGCCUGGAGGAGGCCGAGAAACUCAUCAACAAGCACGCCGCCCUCAAGGAGGAGAUCGGACGGUAUGAGGAAGACUACGAGCGUCUGCAGGCCAUGAAUGAGCUGCUGGAGUCGGAGGAGGCGCCCCUCCCGCAGGCCGCCCUGCAGCAGUGGCUCCAGAAGCUGGACGUGGGCUGGAACAAACUCCUGGAGAUGUGGGAGAGCAGGAGGGAGGUUCUGGUGCAGGCUCACAUCUUCCAUCUGUUCCUGCGAGACGUCAAACAGGCCGAGUCCUUCCUGAACAACCAGGAGUCGGCCCUGGCUCACGUGGAGCUGCCCACCACGGUGGAGACGGUGGAGGCGGCCAUCAAGAAACACAAGGACUUCACCACCACCAUGGAGCUGAACCUGCACCGGAUCAAAGCCGUGAUCGAGGCGGGAGAGAGCCUGAUCAGCCAGAGCAACAUCUACUCGGACCGCAUCAGGGAGCGCAUCGACACGCUGGCCAGCAGGGGGAACCAGAACCGGGAGCUGGCCCAGCAGUGGCUGGAAAAGCUGAACGACCAGUGGGAGCUCCAGAGGUUCCUGCAGGACUGCCACGAGAUCCAGGUGAUCAAAAUAGAGACGGAGGACAACCGGGAAACCCGCUCUGCGAAGGACGCGCUGCUGCUCUGGUGCCAGAUGAAGACGGCCGGGUACCCUGAGGUCAACAUCCAGAACUUCACCACCUGCUGGCGGGACGGCCUGGCCUUCAACGCCCUCAUCCACAGACACAGGCCGGACCUGAUCGAGUUCCACAAACUGACCCGGUCCAAUGCAACCCACAACCUCCAGCAGGCCUUCAACGUGGCCGAGCACCACCUGGGGCUCACCAAGCUGCUGGACCCCGAGGACGUGAACACGGAGAACCCAGACGAGAAGUCCAUCAUCACAUAUGUGGUCUCCUACUACCACUACUUCUCCAAGAUGAAGGCCCUGAUUGUGGAGGGGAAGAGAGUCGGAAAGGUGCUGGACAGCUGCAUAGAGGCGGAGAAGGUCAUCGACCGUUACGAGGCUCUGGCCUCGGACCUUCUGGAGUGGAUCGAGAAGACCAUCGCGGUCAUCAGCAACCAGAAGUUUGCCAACUCUCUGACCGGAGUCCAGCAGCAGCUGCAGGCCUUCACCACCUACUGCACCGUGGAGAAGCCCAUCAAGUUCCAGGAGAAGGGGAACCUGGAGGUCCUCCUGUUCACCAUCCAAAGCAAACUCAGAGCCAACAACCAGAAACCCUACGUGCCUCAGGACGGGAAGCUCAUCUCAGACAUCAACAAGGCCUGGGAGAGGCUGGAAAAGGCGGAGCACGAGAGGGGCGUGGCCCUUCGCAAGGAGCUGAUUCGCCAGGAGAAGCUGGAGCUGCUGGCCCAGCGCUUCGACCACAAAACCACCAUGAGGCAAGCCUGGCUCAACGAGAACCAGAGGCUGGUGUCCCAGGACAACUUCGGCUACGACCUGCCGGCCGUGGAAGCGGCCAUGAAGAAGCACGAGGCCAUCGAGGCCGACAUCGCCUCGUACGAGGAGCGGAUCGGGGUGGUGGUGGAGCUCUCCGCCGAGAUGGAGGCCGAGGGCUACUACGACAUCCGGCGCAUCUCCGCCCGCAAGGAGAACAUCCUGGGCCAGUGGAGCCUGCUGAAGGAGCUGGUGGCCGGGCGCAGGACCCGGCUGGAGAAGAACCUGGCCCUGCAGAAGACCUUCCAGGACAUGGUCUACAUGAUCGACUGGAUGGAGGACACGCAGGUCCAGCUGCUGUCCAAGGACUUUGGGAAACACCUGCUGGAGGUGGACGACCUGCUGCAGAAGCACGGCCUGCAGGAGGCCGACAUCAGCGUGCAGGCCGAGCGGGUGGAGACGCUCAACGCCGCCGCGCUGAAAUUCAGCACCAUCGAGGGUUACCAGCCGUGUGACCCGCAGGUGAUUUGCAACCGUGUGAAUCACGUGUCGUCCUGUCUGGAGGAGCUGAAACAGCUGGCGGCCAAAAGACGCGCUGAGCUGGAGGAGUCCAGGAAGCUGUGGGCCUUUUUCCAGGAGCUGGAGGAAUCAGAAGCCUGGAUCCGGGAGAAGAGCUCCAUCCUGGCCGCUCAGGGUUAUGGGAAGGACCUGAGCAGUGUGCUGAGGCUGCUCCAGAAACACAAAACUCUGGCCGGAGAGCUGCUGGCCCACCGCUCCCUGCUGCAGAACACCAUGAAGCGGGGGAAGCAGAUCCUGAGCGAGAAGAGCUUCGGCACGGCGGGGAUCCAGGAGCGCAUCAUGGAGGUGAAGGCGGAGUGGAAGCGUCUGGAGGACCAGGCGGCGCAGCACCUGGGCCACCUGCAGGAGGCGCUCAACUUCUUCCAGUUCUCCACGGAGACCGACGACCUGGCGGCCUGGCUGCAGGACGCCUACCGGCUGGUGUCCAGCGAGGACUUCGGCCACGACGAGUACUCCACGCAGUCCCUGCUGAAGAAGCACCGCGGCGUGACCGAGGCCGUGGACAAGCACCGGCUGCACGUGGUGGCGCUGCACAAGCACGCCGCCGCGCUGCCGCUGCAGUUCCGCCAGCAGGAGGAGGUGCAGGUGCGGAUGGGGGAGGUGGAGCAGCUGUACACGGAGGUGGCGGAGGUGGCGGUGCUCCGGCAGCAGUGGCUCCACGACGCGCUGGCCGUCUACCGCAUGUUCAGCGAGGUCAACGCCUGCGAGCUGUGGAUCGACGAGAAGGAGCAGUGGCUGGACAAGAUGGAGAUCCCCGAGAAGCUGGAGGACGUAGAGGUGGUGGCGCACAGGUUCGAGAGCCUGGACCAGGAGAUGAACAGCCUGAUGGGUCGGAUCCUGGACGUUAAUCAGAUAGUUCAGCAGCUCCUGGACGGAGGUCAUCCCUCCUCUGUGGAGGUCAGAGGCUGCCAGGACCACCUCAACUCCAGCACACUGUCUGCCUCCCGGCGUCUCUGCCAUUACCUCAUCACAGUCGAAAGGCAGGAGGGAGCUUUGGCACGCGGGUCCCUCUUGGCCGAGGCGGUCUGGAUGGAGACCUGCUGGUGGAACAGCAUCGUGGAGCUGGUGGAGCAAAAGAAAGACCAGCUGGACUCCAUGCUCUGCCUGCAGAACUACCUGCUGGAGUGUGCGGAGAUAAAGUCCCAGAUCCAGGAGAAGAGAAAAGCCAUCGACGCCACCCAGUACAUGGGCAGCGAUUUGGGGGGAGUGCUGGCUCUGCAGAGGCGCCUCUCCACCAUGGAGGGAGCCCUGUCCGUCCUGGAGCCCAAGCUCCUACAUCUGCAGGAGGAGGCGGAGCAUCUGGCCACCGCCCACCCGGGCCGGGCCAUGGAGAUCCUGGUCCCGUUCGACGGCAUCAGCGUGGAGUGGGAGGAGCUUAAGCGCACGCUGCAGGGGUGCGAGGACUCGCUGAUGGUGGCCGGCAGGCUGCAGAGCUUCAUACAGGACCUGGACUCGUUCCUCACCUGGCUGGUCCAGACGCAGACGUCCGCGGCCUCCGACCAGCUGCCCAACGGCCUGGAGGAGGCCGAGAAACUCAUCAACAAGCACGCCGCCCUCAAGGAGGAGAUCGGACGGUAUGAGGAAGACUACGAGCGUCUGCAGGCCAUGAACGAGCUGCUGGAGUCGGAGGAGGCGCCCCUCCCGCAGGCCGCCCUGCAGCAGUGGCUCCAGAAGCUGGACGUGGGCUGGAACAAACUCCUGGAGAUGUGGGAGAGCAGGAGGGAGGUUCUGGUGCAGGCUCACAUCUUCCAUCUGUUCCUGCGAGACGUCAAACAGGCCGAGUCCUUCCUGAACAACCAGGAGUCGGCCCUGGCUCACGUGGAGCUGCCCACCACGGUGGAGACGGUGGAGGCGGCCAUCAAGAAACACAAGGACUUCACCACCACCAUGGAGCUAAACCUGCACCGGAUCAAAGCCGUGAUCGAGGCGGGAGAGAGCCUGAUCAGCCAGAGCAACAUCUACUCGGACCGCAUCCGGGAGCGCAUCGACACGCUGGCCAGCAGGGGGAACCAGAACCGGGAGCUGGCCCAACAGUGGCUGGAAAAGCUGAACGACCAGUGGGAGCUCCAGAGGUUUCUGCAGGACUGCCACGAGUUGGGGGACUGGGUGUACGAGAAGAUGCUGAUGGCCAGAGACGGAAGCCGGGACGAGACCCAGAAGCUCCACAAGAAGUGGCUGAAGCACCAGGCCUUCAUGGCCGAGCUGGCCCAGAACAAGGAGUGGCUGGCCAAGAUAGAGAAGGAGGGCCAGCAGCUAAUCCAGGAGAAGCCGGAGCUCAGCCCGGUGGUGCGGAAGAAGCUGGAGGAGAUCCGGGAGUGCUGGCAGGACCUGGAGAGCACCACGCAGGCCAAGGCCCGCCAGCUCUUCGAAGCCAACAGGGCCGACCUGCUGGUGCAGAGCUACGAGAGCCUGGACCAGAGGCUGGGCCAGCUGGAGGGGCAGCUGGCCUACGUGGACCAGGGACAGGACCUCACCACCGUCAACAAGCAGCUCAAGAAACUGCACGGCAUGGAGACCCAGAUGGAGGAGUGGUAUAAGGAGGUGGGGCAGCUCCAGGUGCAGGCGUCCUCCAUCCCGCCGCAGACGCAGGUCCGGGAGACGGUGGCCGAGCGGCAGGCCGGCGUGGAGGCCCGCAUGGUGCGUCUGAUCGAGCCGCUGAAGGAGAGGCGGCGCAUCCUGCUGGCCUCCAAGGAGGUCCAUCAAGUCGGGCGAGAUCUGGAGGACGAGAUUUUGUGGGUCCAGGAGCGCCUCCCGCUGGCCACCUCUCAGGAGCACGGCUCCUCGCUGCAGGCCGUCCAGCAGCUCAUGAAGAAGAACCAGACGCUCCAGAGGGAGCUGCAGGGCCACCGGGGCCGCAUCGACGACGUGCUGGAGCGGGCCGGGAUCAUCGCCUCCAUCCGCAGCCCCGAGGCCGACUGCAUCCGGGCCGGCCACGACCAGCUGGCCCAUCUGUGGGCCCUCCUCUGGACGGAGACCGAGAGGAGGCAGCUGGUGCUGGACGCCAUGUACCAAGCCCAGCAGUACUACUUCGACACGGCCGAGGUGGAGGCCUGGCUGAGCGAGCAGGAGCUGCACAUGAUGAACGAGGAGAAGGGGAAGGACGAGCCGAGCACCCUGCAGCUGCUGAAGAAGCACCUGAUCCUGGAGCAGACCAUCGAGGACUACGCCGAGACCAUCGGCCUGCUGUCCCAGCAGUGCCGCCAGCUGCUGGAGAUGGGGCAUCCAGACUGCGAACAGAUCAGCAAGCGCCAGUCGCAGAUCGACCGGCUGUACGUGUCUCUGAAGGACCUGGUGGAGGAGAGGAAGAGCCGGCUGGAGCAGCAGUACUGGCUCUACCAGCUCAACAGGGAGGUGGACGAGCUGGAGCAGUGGAUCGCUCAGAGGGAAGUGGUGGCCAGCUCGCCCGAACUGGGCCAAGACUACGAGCACGUCACAGUCCUGCAGGAAAAGUUCACCGAGUUCGCAUCGGAGACAGGAAGCGUGGGUCAGGAACGGGUGACCGCCGUCAACCAGAUGGUGGACGAGCUCAUAGACUACGGCCACUCGGAGGCCGCCACCAUCGCCGAGUGGAAGGACGGCGUGAACGAGGCGUGGGCCGACCUGCUGGAGCUGAUGGAGACCCGAGCCCAGAUGCUGGCUGCCUCACACCAGCUGCACAAGUUCUUCUCCGACUGCCGAGAGGUUCUGGCCCAGAUCGAGGACAAACACCGGCGGCUGCCGGAGGUCCGGGCCCGGCAGAGCAGCACGGCCAACACCAGCUCGCUGCAGAGGCUGCUGCACAGCUUCGAGCAGGACAUCCAGCUGCUGGUGGCACAGGUGCGUCAGCUCCAGGAGAGCGCGGCCCAGUUGAGGACGGUCUACGCCGGCGAGAAGGCCGACGCCAUCGCCUGCCGCGAGCACGAGGUGAUGCAGUGCUGGAAGGAGCUGCUGAGCCACUGCGAGGAGUGCCGGGUGCAGAUCACCACCGAGACCGACAAGCUGAGAGACCCCGGGGAUAGGUCCGCCUCCUCACUGCCCCCUGGUGGCUGGCUGACCACGCACAGCUCAAAGCUCAUCCAGCUCUGGAUGAGCCCCACAGACGCCCGUGGAUGA